UGCGUCACCGCCGGAGGAACCCGAACUUCCCCGAGCAGCUGAGCCAGACUGCCGUGUAAACAAGGUCAGACUGCAGCACGCACAGACCGGGCUCCUUCGCGAACAGACCGCUGGCGUUUCUGGCGAGAAGAAAACCGAACAAAAUCUUCUCAAAUUGAAGGACACGGGCACACACAGCAAGCCAAGAUGAUGCAGUGUUUCCACUUCAUGGUCGAGCCGGUCAAAACCUGGACGUCCAAGAUCAAGGAGUCGAACAAGAGAGCAAAGAGAGAGAGGAAGGAGCCUCUGGAUGAGGAUCAGCUGUUUGUCGCUGGGCUGGCCAAAGACCUCAGCCGAGUCUGCCAGAGAUCAGACGUCCUGGAGCACAUCUGGAACCAAGAGGACACUUGGCCGUCCCCUCUCUGCCAGGCCUUCAUCCUGCAGUGGGCAUCCAUGCUGGAGAACAAGAGGAAACUGAUGCAGACUGAUGGCUGGCCAGAGAUGGGCGAGGGAAAGCAUCCUGAUCUGAUUAACGAACAGGACCUGGAGCAGGCCAAAGCAGACGUCCUUACCUGGAUCAAGGACCUGAGGGCUCAGCCUGAGCAAAGCGUGUGGCCCGGAGAACCGGUGGCCAAGAUCCUGGAGGACCUGCAGUCAGCCUGGCGCUGGGGGCGUGUGCCCAAUCUACUGACCGCUAUGGAGUUGGUUCUGUGGACUUUAGUGUCACAGCGACCCGAUAAGGACACCAUCCCGCAGCAGUGGCUUUUGUGGAAGCAGAGAACUCAGAAGAUUGGUGCCGUAUCCUACAUUCCUCAGCCAGUGUGGGACUGGAUUGGAGACGCUGCAGUGGAAAUAAAUCUGGAUCUGGACACGGCCAACCCCGACCUGCUCAUCUCUGCCGACGAGAAGAAGAUGCGGUGCGGCUUCGAGCGAAAAGAUGUCCCCAACUACCACCAGCGCUUCGACGGCUGGUGGUGCGCCGUCGGCAUGGACGGCCUGGCCUCCGGCCGCCACUACUGGGAGGCGGAGGUCGGCGAGCGCGACUGGCGGCUGGGCGUGGCCAAAGAGUCGGCGCUGAGGAAGGGCUUCAAGUCCCUGAACACUGACACGGGGUACAUGACCCUGCGGCUGGAGAGGGGCACCGAGUUUAAGGCCCUGACGGUACCCUUCACCGCCUUGCCGCCCGGCCUGAUCCCCCGUAAGGUGGGCAUCUACCUCGACUACGACAACGGCCAGCUGUCCUUCUACGACGUGGACAAACACAUGCACAUUUACACCUACAACGAGACCUUCACCGAGAGGCUGUACCCGCUGUUUGGUACGGUGGAGAUCGUUAAGGAUCUGGUGAUCCGGUCUCCGGCAGCUAAGACCCACUGUCUCUGCCCCGCAUCCUGCCUGUGGGCCUAGGUUUCCCCCGGUCAGGUUUUCCUGUAAGAAGAGCCAGUAAACACUACAGUAGAGUAUAAGAAGCUAGACUAGCAGGGAUAUCCUGAUACAAAUGACCAUCCAUGUGACCACUCUGUAUGCUGCUGCUGCUGCUUUAAUGUUAUCGCUGCUACUAUUUUCUCAACAUAGAGUUAGAGCACCGCCCGCUGGUCUUAUGUUUUCAGACAUUUGAGCAGAGACCCCAAUGUUAAAAUCUCCUGUUGUGCAAUACUAAUAUGAUAACGAAAAUGCACUUCUGUGAAUAAAGAACAGACCAAACCCA